AUGCUCCAACGAAAACAUCACAAACUGGAUUCUUUAGAGCUCAAGGCUCUUUCAGUCUCAUCAUCACUACGCUUUUUACUUGGUGUUGAGUGCCAGGUGGUGCUUUGCAUAACUAAAAUGGGCAGUCGACAUCCAUUUUCUCUUUAUUUUCCCAGAUUUUCUGAGACCUUUCGAAAGCUCCUGAGCUUCUGCGCGUCGCGCUUCCAACUCACAUGUGAACAUCUUAAAGGGGAUAGUGGUUCUGUUUUAAAAGGAAAGGCUGUAAUUCCGCUUCUUCGUUAUGCAGACUAUCUACCUGGGGCACUUCAUGUUGACGAAAUAUUAGCCUGUUUGUCGCUUGUGCCUACCAUUAGAGAUAGACAUUCAUAUAACACUCUAUCAAAGAGUGAUAAAAAUGGUACCCCUGGUAGCGAGGCCCUUUUGUAUGAACUCGAGGCGUGUUUUGAUGACUACAAAGAGUUCACGGUGGAUCUCUCCCUCAGCGAUGUUCAAGGGCGUGGACUUUAUCUAACGUUGGAGUAUGGGCUUGGCAUGGCGACUCAUAGCCACCUUGUAGAGCUUACGUUUCAUGCCGAUCAACCCUAUCAAAAGGUUCUUCAAGAAUUUCAGGAAUUCAGUGGCUGGACUAAGUUCGACCUAAGGUUUUAUGACGACCAGUUCAAGUCAGAAGGAGGUAUUAUUGUGAUGCCUACCGUCCAAGAUGCAUGUGACCUUUUGGAAAAGUACGAGGACGAAGAAUCCGAUGACGAUUGCGACCUACUUAUGUUCACCUUGCGCCCGGUCGCGCCGUUGGUUCCCGUCCCAUGCGUCGAGGACUCCGUCCUCUGCCGACAGCGGAAGGAGCACUGGGAUGAUAUCGUAGACUUCUGGGAGCGUUUCCCUAAAAACAAGAACACCGUGGUGAUUUACAACCUGUAUGGUGGUGCCAUGAUUGCGGAGAUCCUGGCCUUUUUGGCGCACCUCCCUAUCGAGGAGGCGACCAUGGUUGAGGACGACUCCCCUUCCCGUCGCCGGCGCCUUUUCGUCACCUUCCUGACUUCCCACGCGACGAUGCAGGCGCUCGAGCUGGACGGGAAAAGCACGAAAGGCCGCGCGCUGCGCGUCCAAGUCGCGCCGCCGUACAUCUCUAAAGACCGCCGCGGGGUGGUUGUGGAGGGCCCGUUGACGGGGGCCGCGCUGAAGCCGGAGGCGGGCAACUCCGUGGAGACCGCGAUCCCGAGCAGCGGGCGAAAGCGAGGGCAAACCCCCCCAACCCCCGCCCUGUCCACGACCCCACCGCCCGCCGCGUGUCAGGAGGAGGGCAAAAAAGGCGAACCCGCGGCUUCGAUCGCGAAGAUGGCCACGCCGAAAAGCUACCCUCAUCCUCCGCUCCAUCCCGAACCCGAGACGACCCCCGCGGCCCCUGCGAAAGGACCCUUCGUCAAGGCCCCCCUCCCCCCCCCCCUUGAAGACCCCGGCAGGGGGAAGCCCCUCUCUCGACCUCCCACCCCCGACGCUGUGCAAGCUGAGGUCCACUAUAGCGGCUGCAACCUCCCCCUCCACGAAAGGGAACCCCACCGGGGGUGGUUGUCACACCGGGAAUGGCAACGCCAUCGGGACACCCAGUGGGAAUGGGAAGGCCGUGUCUGA